GAAAGAAGACUAAAAUAUUAUUUGACUAUGUCAACAUCAGAUUUUUCGGACAGUGACAUGGAUAUUGAUCCCAUUGAUGAAGUGUUUUCCGAAGCAGCUGAACAUUUGCAAAAGAUUCAUCACUCUAUCGACUCUACCGAUCUUUUAGAAAUUUAUGGUUUAUAUAAGCAGGCAACUUGUGGGCGCUGCAAUACUCAGAAACCUAGUGUAUUUAAUAUGCAAAGUCGCAGCAAAUGGUGUGCAUGGAAUGAUUUGGGAGAAAUGCCUAGCGAAGAAGCAAAGCGUUUAUAUAUUGAAAAGGUUCAAAAAUUAGACGCGACUUGGCAGCCAAAGCAAAAACUUGGCGAUAAACAGAAAUCUUCACCUGGCUGGGUAGUACAUUCUAUUCCUCAGCGGCUGGAGGAAGCAGAUCAAAAAGAACAUGAAAAAAAUGCUUUCGAUUAUAUUAAAGAAGGCAAUCUUAUACAACUUCAAAAAGCACUCUCUUCUGAAAUUAUGGAAAUACUUGACGAAAACGGAAUGGGACUGAUACAUUGGGCAGCUGACCGUAAUGCAGUAGAUAUAUUAAAACAUCUUAUUGAAAACGGACUAGAUGUUAAUUUUCGUGAUUCAGAGCAGCAGACGGCCUUACAUUAUGCAGCUAGUUGUGGUCAUAUCGAAUGUAUUCGAAUUUUACUCGAUGCUAAUGCUGAUCCUUCUAUCAAAGAUGCUGACGGACAAUCGUGCCUUGAUGUGGCCGAUAAUUCAGAUAUCUGUGAAUUGCUAAAAUCUUGAUUAAAAUUCAAGUUUUUGCUUACCUACAAUUUUCACAAAUAAAGCUAAAACUAGUUUUCUUUUGUACAAAACUUAAAUGUCGGGAUUAAUUAUAUCAAAUAAAAUUUCUUAAAUUAUAGAAGUUUCAAU